AAAUGCCCCGCGCACGAGGUCAACUUCCCACGCAUUCUCCCCCAACACCACAUCUACACACAGAUCCUCCAAGAUGUUCAAAAAGGACAUAACCUCGGGCGCGAAAUCCAAGGUCAAAUCGAGCGCGCAGCGCGGCAUCCGCUCCAAAGUCCUCGAGGAAUACCCAAAGCUAGAACCGUAUAUUGAAGAUAUAUUGCCCAAGAAAGAGCAAUUAGAUCUCGUUAAGCUACCCGACCGCGUAUCCCUCUACACCCUCAACAACACACCCCUCUUCUUCCAACACAUGGACGACGCCCUCAUGCCUCACCUCACCCUUGUGCACAAAUACCCAUUCGCGUUCAAUCGCCUGCGCAUUGACCGUGGUGCAAUCCGCUUCGUCUUGUCUGGCGCGUCGCUGAUGGCGCCAGGCCUCACAUCCCCCGGUGGCCGUCUGCCAGAUCCCAGUUUAAGCGAAGAGGAUAAGGAGAAGUACGGGUCAGAGGAUCUGGAGGCGGGCGCGGUGGUGGUGAUUGAGGCGGAGGGAAAAGAUACGGCGUGUAUGGUGGGUGUGCUGAAGAUGGGCACGGCGGAGAUGAAGAAGGUUAAGAAGGGGCAGGCGUGUGAGAGUGGACAUUAUCUGGGUGAUGGGCUGUGGGCCCUGAAACUUGAUUGAAGGGUGAUUUGAGAGGCUUUGGAAGCACGCGCGAAGGAGCACACAGCCAUUGCUGGGUCGUGCAUCGGUCAUACAGUUGCAGCUGUAGUCAGAGAUUUGGCUGUAAGCACGCUAUGCCCGCAUGGGAUACUGAGCUGCACAA